CAAAAAUAAAUACAUAAAGCGUGGGUGGACUCACUAAUGGCAAUUUGAGUCAAUUGAGCUAUUAUAAAAAUAUUCCUCUUUUUCACCAAUAUUAAUAGUAAUAGUGAAUACAUAGAUCAUGUAAGAUGUAACUUCUAACAAGCUCAAAUUUUCUGUUGGUAAAUAAAUAAGUCUUAUCUCGUCUCGUCGUCUUUAUGCGUGCAUACUUAAAACGCUCGUGUAACAAUGCAAGUAAAUAUUCUCAAGCUUAUGCAUAUGAUUAUUUUGACGUUAGGUAAAUAAUUAGGAGUAUUUCCCUCACCUCGUUAAACCAUGUCGGCCGACCACUUUUUGCAGUCGUUGGAUAUUUCUUACUCGCCUGACGCGUAACAUAUCUAAUGAUGAAAUAUCCCAGCAACUCCAUGAUGUUUGACCAGAGUACGACGCAGUCACUCUUAUCACCAUUAUUCUCACCUACCAAGCCACUAAUUGCACCCACCAUUGCAACGAACCCAAGUCAGAAAAUUAUUUUCCCAUUGUUGGGAAACUACUAUUUGUCGGGAAGAACCCUUGCAUAAGUAAAUAAGCAGACUAAUUACCAGUCACAAGACUAGUGCCCACGUCGCACUAUGAAAAUCUACGAAAUAAGCGCGUUCAAUUGUUGAAUUACAUAAUUUACUUACUUAAACGAGCUCCAACCAUGCAAACGAAUGCAUCAUUAUUAUUCCUGCUGGAGUCUUUCCCAUUAAUGUUACUUUUUCUAUUGUUGUUCACGCCCGAUUACUGAUACCAUUUUUUGUGACACAAUGUUGGGCAUGCACUCAUCAAUACAAUGGCUCAUCUUCAUGUGGGUCGAGGCACUCGUGCUGCAAAUAUUAUACAAAUUCUUCCCCCGCCGUGAAUGGGAGGAGGAAUCAGUUCGCGGAAAAGUGGUCGUGAUCACAGGAGCUGGUUCCGGCCUGGGCAGAUGUGUCGCGAAGGGAAUGGCGCAAAGGGGAGCCGUGGUGGUGUUAGCUGUCCGAAAUCUUGAUCAGGGUUCCCUAACUCGACUCGAACUCAUUCAAGAAACCGGGUGCAGUCCAGAGUCAAUUUGUCUCGUCGAACUUGACCUCUCCGACUUGUCCUCGGUCAGACGAUGUGUCGGACAUCUCGCCAGUCUAUUUCCCAUCAUCGACAUAUUAAUUAACAAUGGUGGAAUAUCACUCAACUCGAGGAGACGGACUUACACCGUGGAAGGUUUCGAACAGCACAUGGGGGUCAACCAUCUCUCCCAUUUCCUCCUAACAAAACUACUCCUCCCCCAGUUGCGAAGGGCGGAUGCUCCUCGUGUCGUCACUUUGUCAUCGUCCGGCCUGAUGCAGUCCAAUCUGACAGUUCACGACUUCAUGUGCGACUACAGUUGGCGCGGCUUCUGGUUCACGAUGCCGUACUGCAAUUCGAAAAUGGCAAACGCUCUGUUUUCAAAGGAGUUGGCAAGGAGGGAGGGAAGGGUGAAGAGCUACGCGUUGUGUCCCGGAUUUGUGAAGGAUACUCAAAUUUUGAGAGGGUAUACAGGCAGGAGAUUCUGCGAGGCUUUUAUCAAAGUGGUGGGGAUGGAUUUAGAAAAGGGUGCCGACAUGGUUUUGUACUGCGCAUUGGCAAGAGAAACAGCAUCCUUGUCGGGACAAUUGUUCCGCUUUGGGAGAAAAUUCUGGUCCGGAGAAAGUUUGCUCAGGGACGAUUUGGCGAGGGAGGUAUGGACGCUGAGUGAAACGCUGGUUGGGCUGACACCGGAUGCAGAGUAGUCAAAGCUGUUUAACAUCUUUCCUUAAUAGAAGUAUGUAGGUUCAAAAUACGAAAGUUGCGCACUUGGUUAUCGAAUUAAUGCUUAACCGACAAUAAUGCCGUAAUUGUAUAGUCCACAUAACUCUUAUAAUAACUUAUUUGGGUUGAUUUUGUCCAAGAGAAGAAAUUAAAUCCUCCCACGCCACAAUGAAAACACGUC